AACAGUUUGAAGAAAGGUUUGGCGACGGUGGUGCUUGUGGAGAGAGACGACUGGGGCUUGGAGUAGCACCACUGAAGUGCACCAGUCGUUCCUUUCAAUUUCCGAAUUAUUUCCCGUGGCUCUGGUGAAUAACAAUUAUAGCAUGCAAUGACUUUGCACUCGUGGAUACAUCAUCCGCUUUAGAUUAUUUGCUUGGUUUAUUAUUUUUUCGUUUUAGGUGAAUGGCGAGGAUACUUGAGGUACAAUCGAGAGUGAGUGGUUUUGACAAUAUGUGUUGCUGCAAUAUGGUAUGCAACCUAAAGGCUUAUGGAAUAUAGCCAGAUUUCUCACAAUCUGUAUGCGUUCUCAUUCAGCCCGGUUAAAAAUAAAUUAUUUCUGCUCGGCAUCAUGUUUUUACUCUGGGUAUAUAUGCUCUACUCCUGCGUGGGCUACUGCGCCCCCAUGCCAAGUUUGGUCGUGGACAAUAACCGGGGAAAGGAGACUGGGACGGGGUCCGUGGUCGGUAUAAGGACCGAGAAUAACGCCAGAGCGGACCUCAUGUCCAGACUACUCCCUAUCCCACCCUGGGUGGAUAUAGAAUCCGAUUACGACGAACCAUCCGUCCGGACCUCCUCCAGAGACCAGCUCAAUAAAGAGAUAGACGCGUACAGAGGAGUUGAGGACUGGGGUGAGAUGAGGGGUGCGGGGCAGAGAGCUCCUGAACCCGGUGCGAUGUCAAGUUUCUCCAACGACUUGGGGAGCAAGAAACUGCCGCAGGCGAUCAUCAUCGGGGUGAAGAAAGGAGGGACGCGCGCGCUGCUCGAGUUCCUCCGCGUGCAUCCAGACAUCAGAGCUGUGGGAGCCGAGCCGCACUUCUUCGACCGCAACUACGAGAACGGACUGGAGUGGUACAGGGAGCUGAUGCCCAAGACCCUGGAGGGCCAGAUCACCAUGGAGAAGACCCCCAGCUACUUUGUGACCAGAGAAGCCCCUGCCCGGAUCUCCGCCAUGUCCCGGGACACCAAGCUGAUCGUGGUGGUGAGGGACCCCAUCACCAGGGCCAUCUCUGACUACACACAGACGCUGUCCAAGAACCCAGACAUUCCCACCUUCGAGAGCCUGACCUUCAAAAACAGGACUACGGGGCUCAUCGACACGUCCUGGAGCGCCAUCCAGAUUGGCAUCUAUGCCAAGCACCUGGACAACUGGCUACAGUACUUCCCCAUGGGCCAGAUUCUGUUCGUGAGCGGGGAACGUCUGAUCAGCGACCCAGCCGGAGAGCUGGGCAGGGUGCAGGACUUCCUGGGACUCAAGAGGAUCAUCACAGACAAACACUUCUACUUCAACCAGACCAAGGGCUUCCCCUGCCUCAAGAAGGCUGAGGGCAGCAGCAAGCCCCACUGCUUGGGCAAAACCAAAGGGCGGACCCACCCCAACAUCCACCCAGAGGUGGUGCAGAGGCUACGGGACUUCUACAGGCCUUUCAACAUGAAGUUCUACCAGAUGACAGGACUUAACUUUGGUUGGGAUUGAUGGAUGUGAAUUUGGGAGAACACAUUGUUUAUUUUAUUUUCUGUAAUUCAGCUCACGAACAGAAUCUGUGUGUGUGUGUGUAAGAUGUACAGAAAUCUAUUUUAUAAUAAUUUAUUUUUUAUUUCUAAGCAAUUAAUUCACUAAGCUGCCUAACCAUAUAUGUACAUGCAUAAUAUCUGGCCCACACUUUGUUUUAUAUUUUUUACAUUCCACCCUUAAUGUUUUUUUUCUUUACUCUUCACUUAAUGGUCCCUCAUUUCAACUCAGUAGAGUUAAAAUGGUCCCUAAUGUCAACAGUAUAGUUUAAGUAAGAAUAGAGGGAUAUUGAUUAAGGCCCCGUUUUAUGGGUAUAGAGUGUUGACAGAACAGUAAUACAUACUCCAUUCAUGUGCAUUAGAUUUAAACAUUCAUUUUCAAUAGCCAUCAUCAAACCCUUCCUCAAUAGCCAUCAUCAGACCCAUCCUCAAUAGCCUUCCUCAAUAGCCAUCAUCAAACCCUUCCUCAAUAGCCUUCCUCAAUAGCCAUCAUCAAACCUUUCCUCAAUAGCCAUCAUCCAACCCAUCCUCAAUAGCCUUCCUCAAUAGCCAUCAUCAGACCCAUCCUCAAUAGCCUUCCUCAAUAGCCAUCAUCAGACCCAUCCUCAAUAGCCUUCCUCAAUAGCCAUCAUCAGACCCAUCCUCAAUAGCCUUCCUCAAUAGCCACCAUCAGACCCAUCCUCAAUAGCCAUCAUCAAACCCUUCCUCAAUAGCCAUCAUCAGACCCAUCCUCAAUAGCCUUCCUCAAUAGCCAUCAUCAGACCCAUCCUCAAUAGCCUUCCUCAAUAGCCAUCAUCAGACCCAUCCUCAAUAGCCAUCAUCAAACCCAUCCUCAAUAGCCAUCAUCAGACCCAUCCUCAAUAGCCUUCCUCAAUAGCUAUCAUCAGACCCUUCCUCAAUAGCCAUCAUCAGACCCAUCCUCAAUAGCCAUCAUCAAACCCUUCCUCAAUAGCCAUCAUCAGACCCAUCCUCAAUAGCCUUCCCCAAUAGCCAUCAUCAGACCCAACCUCAAUAGCCAUCAUCAAACCCUUCCUCAAUAGCCAUCAUCAGACCCAUCCUCAAUAGCCUUCCUCAAUAGCCAUCAUCAGACCCAUCCUCAAUAGCCUUCCUCAAUAGCCAUCAUCAGACCCGUCCUCAAUAGCCAUCAUCAAACCCUUCCUCAAUAGCCAUCAUCAAACCUGUCCUCAACAGCCAUCAUCAGACUCUUCCUCAAUAGCCAUCAUCAGACCCUUCCUCAAUAGUCAUCAUCAGACCCAUCCUCAAUAGCCUUCCUCAAUAGCCAUCAUCAAACCCUUCCUCAACAGCCAUCAUCAAACCUGUCCUCAAAAGCCAUCAUCAGACUAUUCCUCAAUAGCCAUCAUCAGACUCUUCCUCAAUGGCCAUCAUCAGACCCUUCCUCAAUAGCCAUCAUCAGACCCUUCUUCAAUAGCCAUCAUCAAACCCAUCUUCAAUGGCCAUCAUCAGACCCUUCCUCAAUAGCCAUCAUCAAACCCAUCCUCAAUAGCCAUCAUCAAACCCUUCCUCAAUAGCCAUCAUCAAACCUGUCCUCAACAGCCAUCAUCAGACUCUUCCUCAAUUGCCAUCAUCAGACCCUUCCUCAAUAGUCAUCAUCAGACCCAUCCUCAAUAGCCUUCCUCAAUAGCCAUCAUCAAACACCUUCCUCAAUAGCCAUCAUCAGACCCUUCCUCAAUAGUCAUCAUCAAACCCUUCCUCAAUAGUCAUCAUCAAACCCUUCCUCAAUAGCCAUCAUCAGACCCGUCCUCAAUAGCCAUCAUCCGACCCUCACCCCCACAUUACUCCUAUCGGUUUCUGUUCCAUCCAUUCAAACACUGUGUUUCAUUGUAAUUAGGUCCUAUCAGUUAUUACCGGUUACCCCCAUCCACAACCCAUUAUCCUACCGUCCCAUUGGCCUAACCAGCUGAUCUCCUGCCUUGUCAUUGGCCUAACCAGCUGAUCUCCUGCCCUGCCAUUGGCCCAACCAGCUAAUAUCAUGUCCCUUUCACUUAAUAACAGGUGGAUCAAUAGGCCUAACUGCUGCUCAUUGUGUCAGCCAUGCUUAAUGCGUGGCCUUCCUCUUCUAGUGCUCCUAUAGCCUGUUCUAAUGAAUGGCCCAUCCACCACAGGUCUAAAUCCUAUUUCUGACUGCAUCACAUUGAUAUGGCUCCAUGUUGACAUGAUGCUAAUGGAAUAACUUUACUGAGGCCCAUUGAUUCAGGUCUCCUCUCCACUAUACUCUUGCUCCCAUUACAAGACACUGUUGGCUCAGAGCCAGGGUUCAAAGGUCAUACACAAUCAAAUUUGCUGUGAGGGACAUUCGAUUUGUUGAAUAGAUUGAGAGGGGAGGACACACUGGAUCAGGGGAGUACUGUAGUAUAGUCCUUGAAUGCAUCCCAUAUGGCACACUACCCUAUAUAGUGCACUACUUUAGACCAGAGCCUUGUGAACCCUGGUCAAAAGUAGUGAAAUAUAAAGGGAAUAGGGUGGCAUUUGGGAAACCCAUUGUCUUCAUGGUGCAGUGAGAAUGCUUGGCAUGAGUUGAGAUAGGAUGUCUGAUACAGAUGAUAUGAAAACAUUCUUCAUAUGAGAAACAGUCUAGUUAUGCUGGCCCAGACUCUCACAGGUAGGGGCUACUUCAAAGCCAUCCUAUCCUCUAUGGAUUGUAAAACUGCUGAAUAUGCACCCUAUUCCCUACAGUGUACUACUUGUGACCAGGGUCCAUAGUGAAUAGGAGACCAUUUGGGUUGUAAGCCUAAAACGGCUGAGUGUGGAGGGACCCAGAGUGAAUAUGCACAUCCUUUCCCCUACAUACUACACAUUAAAUUCCCUCCAAUCAAAUGCAAAGUUGAAAGUGUCUGUCACUGACUAUUGGCAAUUUAAAAGUAUAUAAAAAAAAGAAGUGACAGCAUGGUACUUUUUUCACGUUUUAAGAAAAUGUUGCGCCUCUAAACUACCCAGUCUAAUUCAAAUACCCAACCUCCAUCUCAUUUCAACAGUGUGGAACCAUUUAUGAAGGUAGAUUAAAAAAAAAUCUCAAACCAGUGGAUGGUAUUAGUGGAGAUGAGGGGUUGUCCCAGCAUUUUACUGGUCCCUUAUUCACAUAGUGGCUUUUACCACCAAGGAAUUUACACCUGUUUUCAAUGAUCAUGCCUGUAUGGACAACGCCUCAACCUCCCCUUCUCUCCUUAUAGUGCAAUGUUGGUGGAAAACAUUUAAAAUGGCCUUUGUAUAGAGCAGGAAAUUCUGAAUCUGAGUAAUGUCAAUCUUUCUCCCUGUAACGGUUGGAGUAAAGGAGACUGGGGCAGUUGCCCUCUGUUACAUUUACAGUCCCACUAAUGCAUUGGAAUUAUGGUGUUAUUCAUGUUACUAAGAGAGCAGUUGUGCAUCCUAAAUGGCACUCUAUUCCUUAUUUAGUGCACUACUUUUGACCAAGGCCUACAGGGCUCUGUUCAAAAGUAGUGUACUUUAUAGGAAAUAGGAUCGGUCCGAAAGGAAACGCUAUCUGAAAAGCUUGCACUCAUGGUCACGAUCCACGCUGCUGUAUCCGUUCUGGUUGAGUUUUAUUCAACCCUUUUAGAGAUCUACAAAAUAUAAUGCUACUAGGGUUGUUAGUCUUUCCCACCCCGUCUGCGUAUAAUGUGGUUCAUAUUUAGAGGUUUAGCAGAUUCGGUAUGUUUAAAAAUGAAAAGGAACAUGGACAUCAAGUAUUUUGUGGUAUCUUGUACGUCAAAGGAAUUUUACACGGUGAAAGAGCAAAAUGGAAGAAAUGUUUUUAAAUAAUGAAAUGCUGAACAUUCAAACUAUUUCUUUGUAUGAAGAAAUAAAGUAUAUAUAUUUUACCAAAAA